GCCCUUAAGACGGGGUCUCCCCGGAGGAAGAAGGCGCCGUAGCCACAAGCUGCAGGGUAAAAGAGCAGAGGGCUGGCCAUGGUCAUCUGCCCCCUGCUGGUCUCCCUGCGUGUCUGUCUGGAGCGACACCCACCUCUGGUCACCUUCUUCUUCUGUCUCCUUUCGUUGGCUGUUGCCUUUGGCAGUUUUGCCGCUUACAUCCAGUCGCAUGAAGUCCCCAACCCAGAUGUCAAAGAGGACUGGAACUCUCUCCUGACAUCUCUGGCACAUCUGAUGUUCUGUAUCCCAAACAAGACCCACAAAGAUACCUCUCCGUCAUCUCCCUCCACAGCUGCUGAAUCCCAUACGACCGUCUCUGUCCUGGUUGGCCUCACCUUUGAGCUCCAGAAUGGCACAGAUCCUCCCAACGGCACUCACCUGGCUCUGACCGUCACGGGGAAAGAGUUGGGUCUCAAGGGUCCAGAUGCCCAGGAGCCAGUCCACCUUGUGAUAGCCAUCACGAACCCACUAGCCCACGAGAGCUGCCUUAGCAUCAUCGCACCCUCUUCCCUUCUGCCCAAGACCAGACAGCCACCUAAAUGUGUGAUGGGGGAGCGAGGUACGCAUCCGGAAGAGCCAGGCCUUUGCUACCGAUCACAUUACCAGGCUAAUCCUGCCCUGUCUGGCAUGCUGGACCAGGUGGAUCGUGCUCUCUGCAGCCAGCGUCUCCUGCUUACCAGUGCUUUCCUUCUCUGCCUCUGUGCCAUGAUGUGUUGCAUGGCUGGCCUGUGCUAUCCUGCCCCCAGAGACAAGAGGGGGCGAAUUUAGGUAGGUCUGACCCAUGCCGCUCCCUUGGUCCUGUUCCAGAGAACCCAGGUGUCCUGGAUAUUUA